UUUUCUCUGAGUAUCUGGCAACCUUCCUGCCGCCCUUCAGAACAAACAUGGCGGCGUCUGUGGUGCGGACCCUCGGCUCCAGUUUGGCCAAAAACCUGCGCGAAGUUCGGCUUCACCUGAGCCAGAGUUGCGCCGGGAGUCAGGGCGCCAGAGAGUUUGUGGAGCAGCACUACGUGACUCUGAAGAGGUCCAACCCCGACUUUCCCAUCCUCAUCCGAGAAUGUUCAGGGGUCAGGGCCACACUCUGGGCCAGAUAUGCUCACGGUCGGGAGUGCAGUGUGUCUGUGGAGAACAUGUCGUGUGAUGAAGUGGCUUCAGCUCUGAACGGCCUCGCACAAAACAAAUGACUUCUGUAUUCAGAUUAUUAUUAUUAAUAUGAUCUGUCCGUGACCUCUGUGUGACCUCUGUGUGACCUCUGUGUGACCUCUGUGUGACCUCUGUAUUAUACAAUGAUGGUUAAAAUGUGUUUAAUAAAAUAUUUAAACUUUGA